CGGUGCAUGUCUUCGGAGCAAAGUCACCGUUGCUAGAAUUCAAAAAAUAGAAAUUCUAAGAGGAGGGGCAUUUUGGUGAUUAUCCACCGAACCACGAAACGUGGCACCAAACGAUAGGAAACUCUAGCUUACGCGGUGUCGUUUCCACAUAUAUUCCCCAUUUUGCCUCUCAACAAUCACUCUUAUUACCACUCACCGCCACUCCCACUCCCCACUCUCUCUUCACCGUCAAACUCAAGCUUCCCGUUUUCCGAUCCCUCUUCUCCCACGCGCUUCUCACUCCCACCUUCCCCACGCGACGUUGGUGUUUUCUAGAAUACACUUCGUUUUUUUUUCUUCUUCUCUCUUUAUGACAAUGUCGUUUUGUUCGAGCUGCGAGCGUUUUGUAUUCCACGCCGAGAUUUGAACUUCGCGAAGAGAUUCAGCUCUUUUUCUUCUUUCUAUGGCUCUUGGAGAGUUCUCUGUGUAGGAAACAACGGUUAUUGGUUCUGUGUGUGAGGUGAACGAGAAACAAACUCGGUUAGGUUUUUCGGUUGGGGUUUUUGAGGGAUUUAGGGUUCGUGUGGUUUGGAUUUUGGGGAUGAAUCGGAGUUUCAGGGCUCAGGAAUCGCAAAUGCACGCUGCGUUGAAGCAGAGGGAGCAGCAAUUUGGGGGUUUGAGGACUUCGGUGAUGAAGGAGAAGGAGGAAGAGCUCGCAUUGUUUCUGGAGAUGAAGAAGCGCGAGAAGGAGCGCAAUGAUCUUCUUCUUAACAGCUCCGAGGAGUUCGAUGCAGCUCUUGUGUCUAAUGGGGGUGCUAAUCCCAUUUUUAAUAUUUCGUCUUCUACGCCGGCUCCUGUGCGGAAGACUGGUGUUGAUGAUUUUCUCAAUUCGGAGAAUGAUAAGAAUGACUAUGACUGGCUUCUAACUCCUCCUGGUACUCCCCUUUUUCCUUCUUUGGAAAUGGAAAGUCGAAAGACUGUUAUGAGUCGGCUUGGUACUCCAACCACACGUCCUGUAGCAUUAAAAUCCAGGUUAGCAAAUCAUCAAUCAGAGCCUGCUGGGAGGACUAAUUUAGUAUCUAAACAACCUACUUCCUCUCCUGGGUUGAGCUCUUCAAGUGGUGGGACUAGGAGGCCUUCAUCAUCAGGGGGUCCAGGAUCACGACCUGCAACACCUACUGGGCGUCCUACAUUAACCACUUCUUCUAAAUCAUCAAGAUCUUCGACACCUACAUUAACCACAUCUUCAAAAUCAUCAUCUUCAAAAUCAUCAAGACCUUUGACACCUACAUUAACCACAUCUUUAAAAUCAUCAAGACCUUCGACACCUACUAGAUCCAUGGUAACAUCCAAGACCACAACUUCCACCAUCAAGCCUGCAGUUUCUGCCACUAAGCAUUUGGCUUCUGCCACUGAGACUCCGGUCCCUGCAACUAAACCAACAAUUCCAUCAAGAUCCUCUACACCUUUGUCAAGAUCUGCUGCAAGAUCUUCAACUCCAACUAGCAGGGCUACUUUACCUCCUUCCAGGCCCACAUCAAGAGCAACUACUCCAACCCGGCGACCCUCUUCAUCGAGUGAACCCAGUAUAUAUGCUUCUUCAGUUAAAGCUUGUUUGAGCCCCAAGCCCGCCUCUGUGACAUCAAGGCAGCCAACUCAUGUGACAGCAAGAAAGCAGGCUCCUGUGAACUCAAGGCAGGCAGCACCACCAUCACGUGGCACUUCACCAACAGUGAGAUCAAGACCGUGGAAGCCAUCUGAGAUGCCAGGUUUUUCACUUGAUGCCCCACCUAAUUUGAGAACAACAUUACCUGACAGGCCACUGUCAGCAACUAGGGGCAGGCCUGGAGCUCCCACUUCCCGGUCUUCAUCUGUUGAGCCUUCUUCUAGUGGAAGACCCAGGCGACAAUCAUGCUCUCCUUCAAGAGGACGGGCUUCCAAUGGCAGCGUUCAUAUCAGUGGAAACUCCAUGCCAGCAGUUAACCGUGGGCACUCCAAAGUAAAUGACAAUGUUAGUCCUGUUGUAAUGGGCAACAAAAUGGUCGAGAGGGUAAUAAAUAUGCGAAAACUAGCACCUCCAAUGAUUGAAGACAAAAACUCUCCCCAUAGUAAUCUGUCUGGCAGGUCAGCUUCAUCUCCAGAUAGCUCAGGUUUUGGAAGAACACUUUCAAAGAAGUCCUUGGAUAUGGCUAUUAGACAUAUGGAUAUACGGAGAACCAUUCCUGGCAAUUUACGGCCUUUGAUGACAAACAUUCCAGCAUCUUCUUUGUAUAGCGUGAGGUCUGGAUCUCAUCAUGGCCGAACAAUUAGUGUUUCAGGCUCUCCUCAUGCCACAAGCAGUAAUGCUAGUUCCGAACUGAGUGUAAACCAAAAUGGCAUUUGUUUAGAUAGCAGUGAGGUAGAUGAUGAUAUUGGCAGUGAGAGAUGUGGUCAAUCCCCUGCCAGUGUACGGGGCAGGUAAACUUUUCACACUGGGUAAUUCUGCAUAUUUAACUAGCAUCAACGUUCUUAUCCUGGUUUCAGCCAUAGCGGAUUUGCUUAUGGAGCUAACCAUGCUUGUACUAAUGUAAAGCUUCUUGGAAGUGAAUCAAGUGAUGUAACCUCAUGUAAUGAGAGGCACUCUGAUUUUAAGUAGAUGGGUUAUAUGUUGUAGCGGUAAUGCUCAUUUUUUGAAACAAACCGAGGUUUAUCCUCCAUUUAUGGAAAUUGAGCUUAUUAUCUGGAAACAAUAAGCCAGAUAUUUAUCCCAUGUCAAUGUAAAUGCUCGACUAAUUCGCCUAGAUAGCAUUAGGCCUUUAGGCUUCACUUCGUAGUUUAUUUUUAUUUUA